CGUCUUCUGCUAUUCUUGUUUUUACUCGGAGCUGACGUUUUCUGGACUGAUAUGUUACAUUUCAGGCAUUCGAAAGUGCUGAAGGACUUGUUUGCAGCCACAGCAAAACGUCCCUGCGCCCUCCCCCGGCAGAAGUCCUGGUCCCCGCGGCAGUACCGCUACGUGGGCACCGUCGGUUCCAGAGCAACGUGCGGCAAACCGAGCGGCCUGCAUGCCGCCGCGCACCGUCCGUCCGGCCCCGCCGCUUCCUGCGCCUCCCAGCGUCGGUGGUACUGCGCGAAAAGUGAGGGCGCCGUGGAGCUGGACGAGCAGCUGAAGAAGGACGCUGCCGGCGGAGAAGCAAACAGCGACAAGAGAAGAAAUGCAGGCAUUCUCCCCAGUCUGGAGGAUUUGCUCUUCUGUACUGUUGCUGAAGGCAAAGAGACUAUUCCUGCUCAUAAAUUUCUCACAGCACUUAAUUCUACUGGGCUCCGUGCAGGUGAUCCCAGACUGAGGGAGUGCAUGGAAACCCUGAAAGAAACCCUAAAGAACACAUCGGACGGUGUCAUGCUGGACAGACACUUAUUUAAGAAGUGCGUCCAGAGCAACAUUGUCCUGCUCACUCAGGCCUUCCGCAAGAAGUUUGUCAUACCAGACUUCCAGAUGUUCACCUCCCAUAUUGAUGAGCUGUACGAAAAUGCCAAAAAACACUCUGAAGGACAGGUUGCAGACUACAUUCCCCAGCUUUCCAAAUUCAGCCCCGACCUGUGGGCUGUGUCUCUGUGUACGGUCGAUGGACAGAGACACACAGUAGGAGACACCAAGGUUCCCUUCUGCCUGCAGUCGUGUGUAAAGCCUUUGAAGUAUGCAGUUGCUGUCCAUGAAUACGGCACGGAGUAUGUCCACAGUUUCAUUGGGAAGGAGCCCAGUGGUUUGCGUUUCAACAAGCUCUUCCUGAAUGACGACGAUAAGCCCCAUAACCCCAUGGUGAAUGCUGGCGCUAUUGUUUGUACUUCACUCAUAAAGCAAGGUGCAAGUAAUGCUGAAAAAUUUGACUAUAUGAUGAACUUCCUGAAACAGAUGUCAGGAAACGAGUAUGUGGGUUUCAGCAAUGCCACAUUCCAGUCAGAGCGUGAGUCAGGAGACAGGAAUUUUGCUAUUGGAUACUACCUGAAAGAAAAAAAGUGUUUCCCAGAAGGGACAGACAUGACCUCUGUGUUGGACUUCUACUUUCAACUAUGUUCCAUUGAGGUGACCUCUGAGAGCGCCAGUGUCAUGGCAGCCACACUUGCAAACGGCGGUAUUUGCCCGAUUACGGGUGAGCGUGUGCUGAGCCCGGAGGCGGUGAGGAACACCUUGAGCCUCAUGCAUUCCUGUGGCAUGUAUGACUUCUCAGGACAGUUUGCCUUCCACGUUGGUUUGCCUGCAAAGUCCGGAGUAGCAGGAGGGAUCCUGCUGGUUGUACCCAACGUAAUGGGUGUCAUGUGCUGGUCGCCUCCUCUGGACAAGCUUGGAAACUCUGUCAGAGGGAUACAGUUUUGCACAGACCUUGUGGAUCAUUUUAAUUUCCAUAACUACGACAAUCUGAGGCACUUUUCCAAGAAACACGACCCUCGUAGAGAAGGAGGAGACCAACGGCAGCAAACCUUUGGACCCAUGGAUUACGAGAGUCUCCAACAAGAGCUAGCUCUGAAAGCCCCUCUGUGGAAAAAGGUGUCACCCACGGAGUCUCAUGAGGACAGCGCCACCACUGUAGUCUAUAGGAUGGACAAUGCCGGGGAGCACAACUAGAAAGGAAACCCACGAGUCCCCUCACCACCCGCACCCAGCCUCGUCCCUCGUCCCACCUCUUGAACCACGACUUCUCUCAGCUGCACUCUCAAUAUUUAUAUAAGUAAUGAAGUGCAUUAUUUUUAUUGACUCUGAAGGUGUUACACCCUGGAUGCUCCAGGGAGCUUCUCUUAUUGUGAAUUAAAAGUGAUGUUGCUUAAUUUUUUUUUUUUUUUUUUCCCUCUCCAAAUUCCAGGUCUGACCUCUAUUUUCCGCCAACUUAUUGCGUGUGAAGACUCUAUGUGCAGUGUGUGGGGUCGUGUUUUAUCUCCUUGCUUUCAUUCAGUUUUUUUUAUUACCUCAGUGAAAACUUUAAAUAUUCUUUAAAAUGUUGGGUAUAGAUCAGUUGGAAACUGCAUUUGUUUUAACCAAAGGAAGUGUGUGUGUGUGUGUGUGUGUGUGUUUGGCACUUGUGUACAGUCAGAAUUUAAACCAGCACUCUUUAAUUAUGCAGCUGACUAAUUCUUGCAAAGGAUUCCUUGUUGUAGCAAGACUUUUGAUAGCGGCAGAUAAAAUAUUAGCACUUCUGUGUCGUAGUCGCUCAAAAA